AUGAGGUCAGCUUUCCGCCAGGCUCCAGCCAAAUAUGCCUUGAACACACGCACAGAAAGGUACAAGUUUUACAACAAAAACGGAAACUACAUUAAAGGAUUCAAAUGGCGAUCCCCUUUCAUCGACGUCAGCUUUUACGCCGAAAACACUUCACACAUAUGGGACGUAACUCUAAGAUCUCAAAAACCUUUCGCUAAGAACAUCACCUUCCCUUUAACAAAGCGCCCUCUACUUGGGGCCCUCUACCCGUCCCCACGGGACCCGCAUCAGACGUUGCAGGUGACCUAUGACCUUGAUGAUUGCCACACGGGAACGUACAACCACACGGGGGAGUUCACCAAGGACACGGCUAGCACGGCGGUCGUCCGGUGUUCGGCGCUCAUCGGGACGGUGCCGUUUGUUCAGCACGUCCGGGGGCCGGGAGGGGCGUGGUGCGAGGAGCUCUUGACUUUCAGAGGAAAAAUUCUCAACACUUUUGUCAGGGACGCUAAAGAUAUUCCAGUGUGUUAG